CAACCUGACCGAAACCUGGGUUGGUAACAUGAAAACACGACCCAGCGUAGUAUCGUUAAAUCUCCACUAGCACAACAGACUGUCCACCGAUAUCACCGGGAGGACAAUAAACGGCUGCCUGGAUUAAACUCGAGCUGUCACGGCGUUGUUAGUGCCCAGCUACCUCACAGCAAGUCGACUACUACGAGUGGAGCAGCUUUUUUUUAGCUCGCUACGUUAACGUUAGCCUGUUUGCUAACUUUAACACAGGUCCGGGUCGAGACUUUUCACAGCUGGCUAGGUUGCGCAAGACGGCUAAUAGGUCUGCUGGUUUUCAACACCCUUGAACAUUUCACAAUGGGCUCCAGAGCGUCAACGUUACUCCGAGAAGAGGAGAUCGAAGAAAUCAAGAAGGAGACUGGCUUCUCCCACAGUCAGAUCACUCGCCUGUACAGCCGCUUCACCAGUCUGGAUAAAGGUGAAAACGGCACACUCAGUCGAGAAGAUUUCCAGAGGAUCCCAGAGUUGGCCAUCAAUCCGCUGGGAGACAGAAUCAUCAAUGCAUUCUUUCCUGAGGGAGAGGACCAGGUAAACUUCAGGGGCUUCAUGCGGACUUUGGCUCACUUCAGACCAAUUGAAGACAACGAGAAGAACAAGAACGCAGCUACCAGCGAGCCACUCAACAGCAGGACAAACAAGCUGCUCUUUGCUUUCCGUCUGUAUGACUUGGACAGAGAUGACAAAAUCUCUCGGGAUGAGUUGCUGCAGGUCUUGCGGAUGAUGGUUGGUGUAAACAUUUCUGACGAACAGCUGGGCAGCAUCGCUGAUAGGACCAUACAGGAAGCGGACACAAAUGGAGAUAACUCAAUUUCCUUCAAUGAAUUCAUCAAGGUGUUAGAGAAGGUGGACGUGGAACAGAAAAUGAGCAUCCGGUUCCUGCACUAAAUAGCUUUUUUGUUUUCCCUUCUUUUUUGUAUAAAAAUUUGAGUAGAGCUUCAACACAACAGUUGAUGUCAGAACACAACCUCAUCCAGCUUCUGAGCAGGCUGCUGUGGCCCACACACUACGAGUUCACGCUGUCAGACUAAGCAUUAGGUAGAUAAUGUCAUAGAUCUUGAGUUUCUGCCUUUGCACUGCUCUGUAAACAAAGGGAAAAGUUGCGUGCCUUGGGUUGUUUUAUGCAAUGUCACCUCCCUGUGUAUUUUUUUCCCCCCUGUAAUGGAACAUUAUUUAUUAGAAAACUUUUAGAAGGUCACAGUUAGUACCACUGCUGUUCUCCUUUCACACGAAAAGUGAUUUUAUAGCACGGUACGUUAAGGCUUUUUGCUAUUGCAGUGAGUACGUUUAUUCUAAGUUUACUCAUGCUAUUCCAUGGAUAUUUAGCACAUGCUGUGUCUUUGUCCAUAUACAUAUGCAAUGGUUCGAAGUAAAACUUGAAAGAUGUGUGAUUCCACUUCGAGACAGACAGUGUUUUUAAAGCUAACAGGAUUUUAUGACUCCUUUUCUUUGACUUGAUGCAGAGCAAGUCAGAGCAGCCAGACAGGCAAGUUUGUCCCUUGAAGCAAAGCAGGACUGGCUCCACAGAUUUUUGUGUUUAACUCACUGAAGUGCCAUGACUUUGGUUCCCCUUUGUAAGUUAUUAUCUGAACAGUAAACAGGAACCUAUGGCUGUUUGUUUGUUUUGUUUUGUUUCAUAUGGGUUAACCUAGCUACUGCCGAUAGAUUCUAAUCAUCUGUUUCAAUUGUUGGACUUCAACCAAAGCAAGUUUUACCCUGUUUCAAAGCCUGAAGCCACCCGGGGCCUGUUGGAGCCACCGCAGAUUCAUCAUUCAUCGUGUGAAUAAUGUGAUAUUCAUUUACAACUAAAAAAGGAUUUCACAAAAAGUUCUGCUAUCUCUUUGGCUAGUGUGUGCGUCUUACCUAUCACCUGUUCUGCCAGGUAACCAUAGAGUGCUUUUGUAAAAUGGUAUCAUGAGGCUAUUGUGCCCCCCGUGGCCUGCUUUCAAAAAGUUUUUACCCUGAUUAAGUCGUCAUAAAACCCCGGCUAGCAGUGUCAGGCCCUGUGGUGGAAACUGGGCUGCGGACCAGUUAGUUUGUAGACCUAAAACAGGUAAACUCAUGAUGGCGUGCUAUGCUUCUAUUUAUAUGAUCAGUCUCCUGUGGCUCAGAAAAAAAAUGUGCUUGUUGAUUUAUGCACUGCUUGACAUCUGUCUUUCGAUCCCCCCCCCCCCCCCCCCCCCCCCCCCCCCCAUUGACUAAUCCUAAAUGCUAAAGAGAAUCAAAUGCAUUCAAAAUAUAUUUUCUGUACAGGCUAGUGUACAUGAACUGGUGGGCAGAUGUCUGACCCUUUAAUGUUUAAUGUGAGUUUGUUAAAUCAUUACAAGGACACCCUCCAGCAGCGGAGUGCAGGAAAUACAGCGUGACGAUUUCAUCAAUCAUUAUGUGAUUAUCAGUCGGAUAUGAUUCACAUGUCUUGUGACGUUGGUCUAGGUAUUAUCAAAGUAAUUCAUGAAUUUGAUUUAAAUAAAGUAAGUGCCAUGCUU